CUGGCUCCUACAGUAGCUAUACCCUUACCCACACCUAACUGCUCCAGCCAAACACCUGGGAGCUUCCUUGGUGGCUUCUUCCUUUGAAUAGCUCUAACACAUGCCUCUCUAUUCUACUCAUCUCUUUUUCUUCUGCAUGUUUGUCCUCACUCACCUCUGGGCACGCACAUUGAACAAGGGGCUAUAGCUCUCAGUGAAAUGAGGGUGAAAUCGUGAAACAGUAAAGCCAGAAGUGACCUUAGAGAUUAACUAAUCCACUCCGUUUAUUUUAAGACAGAAGGAGAUGAAGCUAGGGUUUGAACUCAGGGCUUGGUUCCAAGUUUCCUGCUUUCACAUUUGGCUGGCAAAGAAAAAAAAUUAUUCAAAGAUACUUGUUAAAGCACAGGAAGGAAGACUUUAAUCCGGACCAUUGUGAUAAGCAUAGGGACCACUACAGUGGGUCUUGCAGUAGAGGAGAGAGAUUGGGCUCGACUCCCAAUACAGCAUGGGCCAGUUGGAAUGUAUAGCCAAGGAGCACCUUGGGGUCACUGGAAGGAAAAUUGCUAAGAGCAACCAUCAGGAGUUAGGGGGAUUCUGGCUAAACUCGUCUUAACGGGAUUCUUGCUGAGGACAGGCCAGGGUAAUCAGGCAGCACCUGGGGGAUGGUAGAGGUUGAGGAACCCAGUCAUGGAGAGUUCUCAGUAAACUGACUUAGAGUUCUUUGCCAAAACCACUUUGUUACGAGGAAGUGCACAGAUGGGGCUACAGAAGAUUCAGAAGCCUGACUAAAAUUUGGCCAAGCAAAGAAUGUUCUCACCUUCCCUCUUGCACAAUUCACCACCCAACCCCAAGUCUUGCUUCUAGGAGAACACCAGUGUAUUGCUCACUGAAUUGAGCAGAAUAGAAUUGAAGACUGACUUCCUGCCUAACUCAGUGCCCGGCACAGAGCAAGCCCUCGAGUGAAGCAACAUGGACGCAGUCAGCCAAGUCCCCAUGGAAGUCGUGCUUCCCAAGCACAUCCUGGAUAUCUGGGUUAUUGUCCUCAUCAUCCUAGCCACCAUUGUCAUCAUGACCUCCUUGUUGCUGUGCCCAGCCACUGCAGUCAUCAUCUAUCGCAUGCGGACUCAUCCUAUUCUCAGUGGGGCUGUUUGAGAGCCUCCCAAGAGGGCCAGGUGAUGGAUGAGGACAGGCAUCCUGUCCCCAGCCUCUUCCUGUCUUCAGAAAAGCAGCAGGAGGGACUUUGGGGCAUGGACCUGAGUUCUGGUUUUGAUUUCUGCCAUGAGCCAGCUGUGUGAAUUUGGUCAAGGGACCUAACUCUCUGAGUUCCAGGUUCCUUAUCUUUCAAAUGGGGAUGGUGAUCCCUGCCCUUCCUACCUCACAGGGGUGUGGGAACCACCUGACUUAGUGGAAGUGAAAGCUAUGUGAGCAGUAAAACUACCACAGAUAUAAAGGUGUUAUGCUGAAUGCUGAGAAGCUUUGAAGAACCAGAGAAACUGAUUCUUUAUGAUGGCCUUAAAGGUGGUGAGGGAGAUAUUGGGGGCAGCGCAGACUUUGCCAGUGCCCCUCAGGUCAAACCAAACCAAGCAAGCACCCCGUCCCCAUCCCAAGGGGCCAGCAGGACUUUGCCUCAAAGUUAUUUUCUUUAAGGUGCCAUUCCUUCAUGUUUUCUCAGUUUGGAGGGAGAUGGGUAGAGCUUUCCAGAACCUUCUCUAUGCCAGAAUCUCUGCCCUUGUGUAAUCUGAAGGAUGACUGUGCCAUCUUUGGGCACUGCCAAGGGAGUUGGGGUGAUGGGCUUCUUUCUGCUCUGGAGUCUCACGUCUGUUAGCUUUGACACUCAAACCAUGUUGGCAUAUGCAGGGUGGUGGAGUUCCCUGCCCAGCUUUUGGGGUCUCUGGCCCCCAACUCCUUGUGUGUGUCCCUCUGUCUAGCUAAUGCUGUAAUUAGCUCCAUGUGUACCCCCUUCACUCCCUCCCACCAGCACUGCAGCCAGCCUAAGGCAAUUGUAUUUUAAGAGAUGUUCCCGGGACUUUUGGGACCUACCAAAACAAUGAUGGCUAUUUUAGAUGUGAUAAUUUAUAUUUAUGUAGAGAUAUUUCUGGACCAUUCAAACUCUUCAAUACCAAUAUUAGGAGCAUCUUGCAAUUUAGUAAAUUAUGUAAGAAGAUAGCACAGAUAUCAGGAUAUUACUGUGUGAAAAUGAUGCUUUUACUUCGAUGGGAUCUCAUUGAUGUACACAAUCAAUUUCCAAUAAAGUGCUAGAAUGUGCA